GGUUCCGGUGUUUCCGGUUCCGGUGUUUCCGGUGCCGGGCCGGGGCCGGUGCCGCCAUGGGCGCUCACCUGGCGCGGCGCUACCUGGGGGAGGCGGAGACGGAACCGGACCCGCUGCAGCUGCCGACCUUCCCCCCCGAGCUGGGGCUGCCGCGCCGCGUCCCCCGCGAGAUGGUGGCCACGGCGGAGCAGCUGGCGGGGGGCCGGGUGCCGCUGGAGCAGCGGGAUUUCUGCGCCCAUCACCUGCUGCGGCUGCUGCGCUGCCAGCGCGACGCCUUCCCCCUCCCCUGGCACUGCCACCCCCUGCGCCACGCCUGGGACGCCUGCCAGCACCGCGACUACGUGAUGCGCAUGAAGGAGUUCGAGCGGGAGCGGCGGCUGCUCCAGCGCCAGAAGCGGAUCCGGCAGCGGGAGGCGGCGGCUGCCACCGCCGAGUGACGGGGACACGCCGGGGGACACGCCGGGGGACACGCCAGGGGACACGCCGGGG